AUGGCAACGCUGAGACACAGCAACAUGGCAGCUACUGCAACCAUAGCCUCCAUGGGCAUGGGUCUUCUGCUAAGAGAUGACGUUUUUGUCGACUUUUUCAACACGUUUCUGAAUCUUCCCGUUUUUGGCCAGACACCCAUUUACAACAGCAGCACGGGUCGGUGGGACCUCUGGCCAGAGCUGCAGAGCUGCCUGGAUCCCAGCCCCCCGUCUUUGCUGGCUUGGCUGGUAAAGCACCGCCUGCCUCACUUCUGCAAAUCCAGCCUGUGCCUCCACCUCGUCCUCUGCCAGAAGCUUCUGAGUUUCAUUCGCUCGCAGGAAGCAGGGGAAGAGCUCACCAACUUCUGGCUCACCACUGAAAGGCUCCUGGGACUUGAUGAGCUGGAUGCAAGGCAGAGGGACCUCUACCCAUCCUUGCUCCACAGGCUGAAGGCCACUCACCUGCAUGAAGGCUCCAGCGUCAUGAGUCUUUGCAGGAACAUCGUUGGGUUGCCACCAAAAACCGGGCAUGUCCAGCCCAUCAGCACCAGGAGAGAGAUCCUAAGCAAGAUGCAGGAAGAGGCCCUCUUUAAGAUUCAAAGUUACUGGCUCCCUAGAUUCUUCAUCUACUGCAAGAAGAGCAUCAAGAAAGAGAAAUCGUGCUGGCCUCUGCUGCAGGAAUACCGGGAGCUUUUAUUACAGGCCAAACCGCAGGAGCCCUCAGGCCUUUCAGAGAGUCCCUUCACGAUGCAUAUUGGAAGGGGACAGGGUUUGUCAGGGUCCUACUGCAGUAAGAAGGCCAAAGCAGAGAUUUGGACUGCGAUCAAGGAGGGAAGAAACACCCCAAAAAUGAAGAUGCUCGGUUUUCAGGUGCAGCCAGGGCCAGGUGGGAGCAUGAGGGAAUUACAUCUGGAUAAGGAUGCUUUGGGAUCAAUUCCUCAGCACUUAGACCAUCCUUCAGACACUGCCUUUGGAGGCAAAGGAGGAGCAACCUCUCCCAAAGGACCUAGACCCAAUGCAGAGCAGGUGCUUCCUCUGAAAGGCCUCUAUGAAGAGAAAGACCUCUCUAGCCUGCGUUCCCCUGCACCCCUUGUCCAGCUGCCAUGCUCGAGAAAGCCGGUUGAGACCUUGAGUUUCCUUCCCUGGGCCCUUAGUGCUGAGACCUGUGCAGGACGGCCCUUCAGGGACUUCUUGAAGCGCCAGGACCGGUCUGUGGAGACUCGUCUCCUGGACCUGUGGCAUGACCUGGAGGAAUUUUUGCCCAUAGUGCUGGAGCCCAGCAAAGAAAACAGUUUCAUCCUGCGUCAUUGGAUGGGGGAGAAGAUAUGCAAGACCUACCUGGAAGAGGGCAACAUUCAGCAGCUUCCCUUGGAGACCAGGACUCUCAGGACCUUGCGGAAUCACCUGAUGACUGGAGAAUUCUCCCCCUGGAUAUUCAGGGCCCAGCAGGAGAUUUGUGAGGUGCUCUGCUGCUUCUACGAGGACUUUCUGGCUGACGACGACAGGACCUUCCUCCAGUUUAUGUCUUCGCAGAGCGAUGUCCUGAUGCCGGAGGUGCAAGGCCACGCUGUUGGGAAAGAUGAAUGUUUCCUCCUGUCGCAGCGGAUGAACACGUCCUUGAAGCUGAGCCAAGCCCUGCACGGCACGAGGAAUUUGGAAGGCCUCUCUCCCGAGCACUGGCAAUUAAUUGCCAGUCGGGACCUUCGGAAAGGAGGCUCCAUCCAGGCAGAGGUGGAACUUCUGCGCAGGAUAGCUGUUGCAGACUCCCAGAAGAUGAUGUUCAAUGAGCUGGCUGUUCAGAAGCCUCCGCUGGCUGUGUAUACCCCAAGAAAGGAAGAUGAACUUUGGUUUCUCAGAAGCCCAUCAGUCGCUAAAAAAAAGAGAAAAAUGAAGGCUGCUCGAAAAACCAAAUCAAGUACAACCAAGAUCAACACUGUUGCAGUAGAGAAGCCAUCUACAAGACCCAGGCACUUUGUAAAAGUACUGCACAACCCUGCCCACCUGCAGUUCUUCAUGCAGUUCCUCAAGGAGCGCAACGCAGAUAAACCACUACAUUUCUGGAUGGCCGUGGAGAAGCUAAUUUCAAAGACUAGCCCCAAGAAGAAGAACUUCCUCAUUGACAGCAUUGUCAGAACUUAUUUCCAAGCUGAAAUCCCAGCUGAGGACCAGCUGGACUGCCACGCUUCUAUCAUCGAAGAAAUAAGUGAGGCCGAAAGAGUCACUUCCAACAUGUUGAUCACAGCCCAGGUCUUUGUCGAGAAAGCAAUGGAAAAACGAUGGUUUAAAGAGUACCAGGACCUGUUCCCUCCGAGUGACACGGGGAAACCUAACCUUCAUUUGAAACACAGGAUGGGGAAAUUUGUGACAGGCAAGAUGCGGUGGGCCUGGUUUGCCCUUCGUGACCUUGUCAAGAGCCUCUGCAAGUUCCGGAGGGAGAUGGACAUCAGCAAACACCGGAUAGAGUUUGAGGACUUUCUCCGUCGGGAACUAAGAAACAAGGAGGAAAACUUGCCCAUCAGACGGAUGCAGAGCACCAGCACCCUGAAUUCUCUGCAGGCCUCUACCAGCACCCGACAGGACAGGGAGGUGCAACUAGUGAAACGGUACCUGUUCGACAGCCAGCUCAUUACUGUCAACUUCCUCGUCUAUGACCUCCGCUUUUAUCUGGAGAUCGACAAGUUUGCUGAUUCAGCUGAAGCUCUGGCAGCCUGCAACAUGCCGUUCAAAAACGAAGUAGCCUUUCUCAGAAAGAAAGCUGCCAUCAUCAGCAAACUCUUCCUGAACUCCGAUAGUCCUCCCAAAUUGCGGGUGAACAUCUCUGAAGGAGAGAGAGAUUUAAUCUGGAGCUUGUCUUCCAAGGGGCUACUAAAUCGUGCCCUCUACCACAGGGCCAAGGUCAUCAUCUUCCCCAUCGUGAUGCACUUCUGGAGAAGGUUCUGCACCUGGAAGGUGAUGAGGAGCUAUAAGGUCUCUCGUAAGGACAGCAUGCCAACCUCUUCGCCCAGUACAACCAUCUCUUCCAAGUCAUCUGACAUCUGCAGUCCAGGCAAUUACACCACCAUCGUCUUCACACUCCAAAAAGGGAUCCAAGUCCUGCUGCCCCAGUCCCUGAAGAAAAUGGAGUCGAAGCAGAAGAAAAGGGAUUUGGAUAAAAGUCUUCAGAAAGGGCUCUCAUUUGAGAAGUCUGCCUCCUGUCUGAAGAGCAG